AGUUCAAGCAGCUGAACGCGAACCCUUUCGUUUUGUCCCUUAGCGCGGCCCGUACUGACGGCCUGGCAGAGCCCCGCCCCCAGUGGCGGAGGAUAUAUAAGGGAGUGCGCUGCGUACUGCUCCUGACCCGGCCCUGUGCAGAGACAGCACAGCCUGGGACAAGGAAGGAAGGAAGGAGCGAAGAUGGCGUCUACCAGCCGUUUGGAUGUGCUUCCCAGAGUGACAUGUCCAAACCAUCCAGAUUCCAUUUUAGUGGAGGAUUACAGAGCUGGAGACAUGAUCUGUCCUGAAUGUGGACUAGUAGUGGGUGACCGGGUCAUAGAUGUAGGGUCAGAGUGGAGAACUUUCAGCAAUGAUAAAGCAACAAAAGACCCAUCUCGAGUUGGAGACACCCAGAAUCCUCUCUUGAGUGAUGGGGAUUUGACUACAAUGAUUGGCAAGGGCACAGGUGCAGCAAGUUUUGAUGAAUUUGGAAAUUCAAAGUACCAGAAUCGCAGGACUAUGAGCAGCUCUGAUCGAGCAAUGAUGAAUGCUUUUAGAGAAAUUACUAACAUGGCAGACAGAAUCAACCUUCCCAGAAAUAUAGUUGAUCGAACAAAUAAUUUAUUCAAGCAAGUGUAUGAGCAGAAGAGCCUGAAGGGGAGAAGUAAUGAUGCCAUUGCUUCUGCUUGUCUCUAUAUAGCCUGUAGACAAGAGGGUGUUCCCAGAACAUUUAAAGAAAUAUGUGCAGUGUCCAGGAUUUCAAAAAAAGAAAUAGGUCGGUGUUUUAAGCUUAUUUUGAAGGCUCUGGAAACCAGUGUGGAUUUGAUCACAACUGGUGAUUUUAUGUCAAGAUUUUGUUCAAAUCUGGGUCUUCCUAAACAAGUACAGAUGGCAGCGACACACAUAGCCCGUAAAGCUGUGGAGUUAGACUUGGUUCCUGGGAGGAGUCCGAUCUCUGUAGCAGCUGCAGCUAUUUAUAUGGCAUCACAAGCCUCAGCAGAGAAAAGGACCCAGAAAGAAAUAGGAGAUAUUGCUGGUGUUGCUGAUGUUACAAUCCGACAGUCUUAUAGACUUAUCUAUCCACGAGCUCCAGAUCUCUUCCCAGCAGACUUCAAAUUUGACACCCCUGUGGACAAACUACCGCAGCUGUAAAAUUGCUAAGGUUACAUUUAAUUUCUAAAGAACAUUUGAUUUUUUUGCCUAUAAUAAAGAAUGUGUAUAUAAAAGUGUUGCUACUGAGCCUUCAUAUUGUGGAACUGGAGGAGGAUAUGCAAAUCAAACUGCUGGAACACAGCACACAUUCCAAGGGUAAACAAAAUAAUUGUGUGGCAUUUUGUAUGUAUAUAUUAGUGGAAGUAAAUAUUUAAUGACUGUUGGAACAAGUUAAAUUUCAUAUUAUACUUUAGAUUUCUUUUGUAGGGAAUCUAGUAAAAUGUAUUUUGGAAAACAAUUGAAAUUAUGUAAUUCCCAAAUAAACUUUUCCAAAAC